AUGCCUACAAUUCUCAAGUUCCAAUGGUAUGACUUUACUGCAGCAACAGAAGAGGGCGAGUUCUCCGACCUGACGAUGGUCUCCAAGUUCCUGAACAUCGAAGCAGACAAAUGUGGAGCCUUCGUGACAUCAGAAGAGAAGAGCGGGUUCGGAAGAACUCAUCGACAAGCGACGCAUUCUACAAGGGAAAAGGACUUCAAAGAAAGAGAUUCAAGACAGUCAACAGAGAAGACUUGUCCUAUAUGUCAAGGUGGACACUUCCUCGUCCACUGCCAGAAGUUCCAGAAGACGUCAGUACAAGAUCGGCGGGCAAUAGUAAAGAAAGGUCACGUUGGCUUCGAAUGUCUUCAAGGGAAAUAUCGAAAGGAGAGCUGUAAGAAACCGCCAUGUAAGGAAUGCAAGAGGUGGCAUCAUCAUUUGCUGCACGUCGAAUCAGAAGACAGGACCUCGGGAGAGGAGAAGGCAGAAACACAAGAAGAAGUAGCAAGCGCCAUGACAUCAGUGAAUGCAGUCAAUAACGCAAGGGCGUACCUGAAGAUAGUUCCAGUAGAAAUCUUCCAAAAGAAUAUUGGCCCUCAUGGAUGA